AUUACCCACAAGUCCAAAACAAUAACCAUCCUCAGACACUGAACAGACUGAGAGAGAAGAGAAAGUGCUGCGUGCCUUCAUGUGCAUUUUCCUCGCUCACAGUGCUCCCUCUCCCUCUGCUACACAAUAAUUGCGUGCUCCAUAAGCCAAUCUCUUCUUUCAGCAAAAAAUUUCAAUUCAUUUUCGCACUUCCUCUCUCUCAUUAUGGUCUUCCUCCAUAACCACCCUUCAGAAACUGAACCACAACCGCAUCCUCCUCCGGAUUCUCUCUCCGAUGGCGACGCUGUGGAUUCUGCCGAGACGGCGCGGUUCAGUGAAGACCUUGACUCUGCUUGCUCUACUCCCUAUGUCAGUGCACCUUCCAGCCCCGGUCGUGGCACCACUGCCGGGUACUUCUACAGUGCACCGGCCAGUCCCAUGCAUUUUGUAUUGCUGUCUUCUGCUGCGUCCACCGUGGCGUAUCACUCGUCUGAGUCGUCGUUGAUGUCAUCUGAGUGCGAUACGGCGUCUUUUGAGUUCUCUUCUCGGUUCUCCAGCAGUGAUUCUGUGAUUGGAUCCAUGAGCUCUGCGGACGAGUUGUUCUUCAACGGACAGAUUAAGCCUAUGAAGCUUUCCUCUCACUUGCAGAAACCGCAAAUCUUGGCUCCAUUGUUAGAUCUAGAUGUGGAGGAUGAAGAGGCCGAGAACCAAAACGGUGACGAUUUGGAGAAACAAGAAAGCUCUCGAGGUAGAGAUCUGAAGCUUCGAAGCAGAUCGCUACACAGAAAGGCGAGAUCUCUUUCGCCGCUUCGGAAUCCGGAGUUUCAGUGGCCUGAAGAAGGCGGUAACGGAGAAGGAGAAGUUAGCCAAGGCAUUUUGGACAGUCUGCAAGAUUAUGACGAGAGCAAAAGAAGUGAAGCGGUGUCGACUGAAAUGACGCCGUCUUGUUCGGCGUCGUCCUCGAGAUCCUCCUCUUCCGGCAGAAACUCGAAGAAAUGGAUAUUCCUGAAGGAUCUUUUGUACAGAAGCAAAAGCGAAGGAAGAGGGAAUGGGAAAGAAAAGUUCUGGUCGUCAAUUUCCUUUUCUCCUUCCAAAGAGAAAAAACCACCGACUCCACCUACUUUAAAUCCUUCAAAAGAGAACAAAACUGCUCCUUCUGCUCCUAAUGCUGCCGAUUCCCAAAAGCAGAAGCAGAAACAGAAGCCAAACAAACAAGUUGCUCCUAAAAAAGUCUCCUCCGGGAAGCCAGCAAAUGGCAUAGCCAAAAGACGAGUGCCUCCAUCUGCACACGAGUUGCACUACACGGUUAACAGGGCCCAAGCUGAGGAGAUGAAGAAGAGGACCUACUUGCCAUACCGGCAUGGCCUUUUUGGCUGCUUAGCUUUCAGCUCUAAAGGGUAUGGUGCACUUAGUGGACUAGCCAGAACGUUAAAUCCAGUCUCGUCUGGGUAGAACAUGAACUAAGUACGUAUCACUCUGUAUAGCUUCUUCUUUUAAUUUUCUGGGUUUUCACGAUUAAAUUACAUAAUACAGUCUCUGUAUUUUUGUUGAAUUUGCUUCUGUAUAGUAGAGAAACUGUGUCUGAAUCACCAUUGUUGACAUUGAUUGGUUUGUGAACCAUCUCUGCUGCCCUGAAACAGAGGCUGAAGUUAAUUAUCUAGACGUCCUAAGCAUUAUCUCUGAUUAAUUUUGUAUUUGAAUUAUCUGAAUGAUUAUAACUAGUUUUAAAGAUAUAG